GGGAUUAAUUACUGAUUCGGGACUACUGGGCAUGUGGGUUGCUCUUAAUUGGAACCAUGGAUGUGUCGCCGUACUGUUUCUGGACUUUUGGGGAAGAAAUGAAGCUGAUUGGGAUUAUUUAGAAGUUAAUAGUUGAGUGUUUUUACCUCUGAUCUGUACUCGGCGGUGGGUUUCUUUUUCAGCCUUGUGCUUUCCUCUCACGUUCUUGAGAGGGGCUUAAUCUUUUUGGAUUCUUCUUCUUUUUUGGAUUUAGAGUACUGGAUUUGGAUCUUUUUAGUUAUCUGCGUUUGAUUAAUGGAAGCCAGAUUAGGAACUCAAGCUCACCAUUUUUAUGACAUGAGCUCCGCGGAUAUGCGGGGAGUAGGGAAAAGGAGACAUGAAUGGGAUUUGAAUGAAUGGAAAUGGGAUGGUGAUCUUUUUAUCGCUCGCCAGUUGAAUCCAGGUUCCCCUGAUGUCAUGGGCCAACAAUUUUUCCCGCUCGGUAGUGGGAUUUCUCUGCCGGGUAAUUUAUCAAAUAGCUCCUCAUCCUGCUCUGAUGAAGUUAAUGUGGGAUUUGAAAAAGGUAAAACUGAAUUGGAGAAGAGGAGGAGGGUUGUUACAGAGGAAGAAGACGCUUUGAACGAGGAAGUUGGUAAUCUUACUUUGAAGCUUGGUGGGCAUGGUUAUCCAAUUAGGGAACGGGGGGUAGGGAAUUGGGAGGGAACGAGUGGGAAAAAGACAAAACUGGGUGGAGCUGCUUCAAAUCGUGCAGUUUGUCAGGUGGAAGACUGUGGAACUGAUCUCAGUAAUUCCAAGGAUUAUCACAGACGGCAUAAGGUAUGUGAGAUGCAUUCAAAGGCCAGUAGAGCCCUUGUGGGAGGUCUUAUGCAGCGGUUCUGUCAGCAGUGUAGUAGAUUUCAUGUUCUUCAAGAAUUUGAUGAAGGAAAGAGAAGUUGCCGCAGACGGUUGGCUGGGCAUAAACGUAGGAGGAAAACAAAUCCUGAUGCUGGUGCAAAUGGGAAUCCUUUAAAAGAUGAUCAGACUAGUAGUUAUUUAUUGAUAAGUCUCUUAAGGAUACUUUCCAACAUGCAUUCCAAUAGGUCAGGCCAGAUCACUGAUCAGGAUCUGCUAACCCAUCUUCUAAGGAGCCUUGCUGGCAAUGCUGGUGAAAAUGGUGGAAGGAACAUAUCUGGGCUUCUGCAGGAACCUCAAGAUAUGCUAAAUGAUGUUACUUCUGUAGGGAAUUCAGAAGUGGUAUCAGCUCUUCUAUCCAAUGGACAGGCCCCUUCUAGGGCUUUCAAACAUAUUAUGGUACCUGUGUCUGAGAUUCCACGUCAAGGGCUACAUUCCCAUGAAGCUAGAGGUGCAGAACUUCGCAGUUCUGCUGGACUGGUUAAGAUAAACAAUUUUGAUUUAAAUGACAUAUAUAUUGACUCAGAUGAUGGCACUGAGGAAAUUGGGAGAUCGUCAGUUCCUACAAAUCUAGGGACUACCUCCGUUGAUACUCCUUGGAUGCAGCAAGACUCUCAUCAGUCAAGUCCACCGCAAACAAGUGGAAAUUCAGAUUCAGCAUCUGCACAAUCACCUUCUAGUUCUAGUGGGGAUACUCAGGUAUGUGUUUGUAGCAAGUAAUCUACAUGUGUUUUU